AUGCCCUCGGCGACGUGGCUCACGCGGUCUUAUUGGGACGCCCUGUCACCAAUCCGGCAGCUCGAGCGCGCGUCCUCGUCGUACAGUGGGCGCGCACACGGCGCCAACACCUCCUCCUCGACGACCGCGCCUCGAGGCUACCCGCCACCCCGCUCCGCCACUCCCUGCGACUCGCCAGCACCCGCCGAGCCCUCUGUGCCCAUUCGGAGGCCCGUGGGAACCGCGCGAUCGCACGAGCGCCCGAGCGCGUCGAACGCGCGGCCCUCGGCGCUCAACGCUGGCGGCGACCUCCCCUCUCGACCACCACCACUCUCGCACCCCGGCCGCCCCGUGACGCGUCAACCCGCCCCGGUAUGCAGCCGUCAAGUCCGCUACGAGGGUGAGCGAUACCGCGCCCCUCGUAGCGAUGGGGCUGCCGCGAGUGAAGAUCGUCGCGCCGGCGUGCGCGCUCGACGCGAAGACGACCGAAUCGCCCGCAGCGCGACGCGCAACGAGCCGGUCCACGCCCACGCGCAACGCGACGCGCCGCCGACACGAGCGGGCUCGCCGCACCCGUACGAGCAAGCCCGAACGCGCGCGCACCGCUCCGAGCGCGAGAUCCAGCCCGCCGCGCGCACCGCCCCGGCGCGUUCACCUGGGGGUCCCACCGGCGCGUCCGCAACGAGGAGAGGGAUGGAGCCCGUGAGAGUACGAGACGGCACGGUUUCGGUGAGUAACCAUGUCCGUCCGCUCGCCGGGCUCUCCUCUCCGCCCCGUCCACCCGCUCGCCUGCCGCGCCUGCUCCCGAUGGAUACGCUCGCGCUCGCCACGCGCAGCUACCGCUCUCCGGCUCCCCCCUCUUCGCUCGACGCAUCAUCGUCCCGGCACCCGCCCGCUCGCGCCCUCUCGCCAUGCUCGCAAGGUCGAGCGGAUGUACACGCGUAUUUCGCGGCUCAAGGCCAGGUUUUCGAGCAACACAGACGAGCGCGUGCUCUCGCGCAACAGGACGACUCGCCCGCUCGCCCCUUCACGCUCGACGAACCUACGUCUGAGCACCCGUCCGCCGACUGCACUCUCUCGCCGCGCUCGCGCGCACGAGCCGAGGUACGCGCGCACCACGAGCGCAAGGACCGAGCCGCAGAAGCCGCCUGGAGGGCCCAUCAAGAAAGGUGGUCACCGGAUCGCUGGCCCAGCGCACCCGUCCCUCCAGCACCGGCUCCCUCGCGCGCGCACCGCACGUCCAUCCCUCCAGGCGACGCACCCCAGCCGACGCGCGAUCCCCGCGCCGACGCGCCGACGUCUCGCGGGCCGGCGGGGCCCACCUCUGCAGCACACCCUCGCCACUCGUCCGACACGCGCGCACCCGUCGUACACGCACACCACGCGCUAGAAGGCCCGACCGAUGCGCAAGCCGUGAGGGUGCGCGACGCUGCGCAUUCAACGGAAUACACGCCCGCUAGCCCGCAAACCGCCCCGGCCCGUUCGUCUGGGGGGCCCGUUUGCGCAUCCUCAACAAGGAGAGAAGCUGGGGCGACGGGUAUACGAGAUGGCACGGAUGCGGUGAGCACCCGUCCCGCACACCGUCUUCCCUCGCACGGCUCAAGCGUGCCCGCCGAACGCGCACGUCGCCCGCCCUCUACCACCCGCGAGAAGUCAGUCUCGGGCGACCUACGGGAGGGCUGCCGAGCUGAGCGAGAUCAACGCGCGCUCGGUAGCCUCUCCUCAUCCGCCACCUCAGCACGCAAAGGCAAGCAAGCCCGUGUUUACGCCCCUCCCUCGACGCGGCCGGCUCCACCUCGACUCGCAGACCAGCGCCUGCAAUCGACGCGCACGCUCCCUCAGAGCACGCCCAUCACCCUCCGUCGCUCACGCGCUCGUGCUCGCGCCCUUCCUCGCUCUCGCUUUCGGACGGCGUGCAAACUGCUGCGUCCGACCGACACGCGCGCGCAUGCACACUCCCUCCGAUCGAUUGCGGGGACGAGCGAUCCUUCCGCUCUCCUCACGGUCGGCCGGCCCCAACCGAUGCAACACGCGAGGAUCGCUGCGCCCGCGCCCAGCGUGAAGUUGCUCAACCUUCAGAACCGGCCCAACGGCAAUGCUACGCCGCGCGAACGUUGGCCAGCCCCGGUGCGCACGGGCCAAGAGUUCGAAGCCAGCUUGCGAUCCGUGCAGGCGAGCACGUCGAUUCACCCGAGCAGCGCACUCCCCGUGGCGGGUACUAACCGCCAUGACGGUUUGCGUGGCAGACACUCCCCUCCCUCGCCAUCGAUGCCGGGUACGCUCGAUGCCUGCCCACCCUCCGCUUGUUCGCCCUCGGUCUCGACGGACAUGCGCAGAUCCGCGCCUUCCCAAGCAAUCAGCCUACCCGCCGACACGGAAUCCUCUGGUCUCCCUCCGCAACGCGAAAACCUCGCGCGGUUCUGGAGUAGUUUCCUGCGGAAACCUCAGGCUCUGGCAAGUGUGUGA